AUGAACGCCUCAGCAGUCCAGCUGCUUCUGACUCCAAAAGCUUUUUGGGGGGAGGCAGAAGAAGAAGCAGAAGAGGAGAAGAAGGAAGAAACAGAGGAGGCGACAGAGGAGGUAGAAGAGGAAAAGAAGGAGGCUACAGAGGAGUCAACUGAGGAUUCAGAAUAGGAAAAGAAGGCAGUGACAAAGGAGGAUAAGAAGGAGGCGACUGAGAGGUCAGAAGAGAAGAAGAAGGAGGCAAUAGCAAAGGCAGAAGAGGAGAAGGAGGAGGCAAUGGAGGAAGCAGAAGAGGAUAAGGAGGCAAUGGUAGAAGAGGAUAAGAAGGAGGUGAUAGAGGAGGUGAAGCAGGAGGAAACAGAGGAGGCAAAAGAGGAGGCGACAGAUGGGAAGAAGGAGCCUAUGGAGGAGGUGACGGAGGAGACAGAAGAGAACAAGGAGGCAAUGAAGGUGGUGAUGGAGGAGGAAAUGGAGGAGGCAGAAGAGGAGAAGAAGGCGACAGAGGAGGCAACGGUGGAGGUGAUGGAGGAGGCAGAGAAGGAGAAGAAGGAGGUGACAGAGGAAUCAACAGAGGAGGCAAGAGAGGAGGCAACAGAGGAGGCAGAAGAGGAGAAGAUGCAGGUGGUGGGGGAGGUGACAGACGAGGCGACAGAGGAAGCAAUGUACAAGGCAGAAGAGGAGACUGAGGAGGCGACAGACGAGCUAACGGAGGAGGUGACAAAGAAGGUGAAGGAGGAGGUGACAAAGGAAGUGAAGGAGGAGGCAACAAAGGAGGCAGAAGAGGAGAAGAUGGAGGCGUCAGAGGAGGCAAUGAAGGAGGUGUUGGAGGAUGCGAAGGGGAAGGCAGAAGAGGAGAAGAAAGAGCCGAUGGAGGAGGCAAUGAACAAGGUAACAGAGGAGGCGAGGAAGAAGGUGAAGCAGGAGGUGAGAAAAGAGGCAGAAGAGAAGAAGAAGGAGGCAUCAGAGGGGGCAACGAAGGAGGUAUUGGAGGAAUCAACGGGGGAGGCAGAAGAUGAGGCAGAAGGGGAGAAGAAGGAGGCAACGGAGGAGGUGACAGAGAAGGCAAUGGAGGAGGUGACGGAGGAAGAGGAGAAGGAGGUGACAGAGGAGUACCCUCAAGGGGAAGAGAAGGUCUCUGGGUCUGACGACAAAAUGACAGGUAUUGCGGCUACUCCAACCCCCACAACAGGCACUGCGGCUCAACCAGAAAACCAAUCUGUGCCACUAUCAGUUGCCCCUGUACACAAGAAUAAGUACACAAAAGAAUCAGAUGACUUAGUAAGGGGUAAAGAUGAAGCAGGGCCAUCAAGAGAAAAGGCGGAGGAAGAGGCAGAACCCAUAAACGAGGAGGCUGCAGUAACAAAGAGAAGGCGGAUGGGGAACCCCGGGGGAAAGACGUGA